AUGAAAGACCGACUUCAAGAAUUAAAGCAACGAACAAAGGAAAUCGAACUUUCUAGAGACAGGCAUGUGUCGACUACCGAAGCAGAAGAACAAGGGGUGUUUUUGCAGCAAGCUGUUAUUUAUGAAAAAGAGCCUGUAGCUGAGAGACACCUACAGGAGAUCCAAAAACUACAGGAGAGUAUUAACAAUGUGACAGAUGUUGUUCAAAAAUUUGGGCAACAACAGAGAAGUUUGGUGGCUUCAAUGAGAAGAUUUAGUCUACUUAAGAGAGAGUCUAGCAUUACAAAGGAGAUAAAAAUCCAAGCAGAACACAUUAAUCGAGGUUUGGAUGAUUUAGUAAAAGAAGUCAGAAAGUCAGAGGCUGAAAAUGGCCCAUCAUCAGUGGUGACAAGGAUACUUAAAUCUCAGCAUGCUGCGAUGUUCUGCCAAUUUCAGCAAACUAUGUUUACCUACAAUGACACAAUAGCAGCAAAGCAAGAGAAGUGCAAGACAUUUAUUUUCCGUCAGCUUGAAGUUGCUGGGAAAGAAAUGCCUGAAGAAGAAGUAAAUGAUAUGCUUUAUCAAGGAAAAUGGGAAGUUUUUAAUGAAAGCUUACUUACAGAAAUCACUAUCACUAAAGCACAACUCUCAGAGAUAGAACAGAGACACAAGGAACUUGUUAAUUUGGAGAACCAAAUAAAGGAUUUAAGGGACCUUUUCAUUCAGAUAUCUCUUUUAGUAGAGGAACAAGGAGAAAGCAUCAAUAAUAUUGAAAUGAUAGUGAACAGUACAAAAGAAUAUGUUAACACUACUAAGGAGAAAUUUGGACUAGCUGUAAAAUACAAAAAAAGAAAUCCUUGUAAAGUACUGUGUUGUUGGUGUUGUCCAUGCUGUAGCUCAAAAUAA